GGCACAGGCACCGGGCGGCGCCAGGAGCGGCUGGGCAGCCGGGGACCCACCAGGGGCGCGCGGCCGCGGCAUGGGCUCGUGAGGGCCCCGCCCCUCCCCUCCCCUGAGCGAGCGGGACAGAGCGGCCCCGGGGGGAGAGGCGGCUCCGGGGAGAGCCCGGCCCCGCCGCACGGUUUGACAGGGCUCAGCUUGGGGGCAGCUCUGUAUUAACCCUGGUGGAACUGCUUCUCAAAAGGCAAAAUGAUAGUGGUGACUGGAGUCAUGUCAGAGCCCGAGCUGGGUUCCCCCGCCACCACCCCAGUUGCAGCCCCAAACUUCUCCUGGAUGUCUGAGGACGGCAGCCCCACUGCUAUGGAGCAGCCAAUAUUCCUAAUGACCCCUGCUGCUCAAGCCAUCUCAGGUUUUUUUGUGUGGACAGCUUUGCUCAUCACCUGCCAUCAGAUCUACAUGCAUCUGCGCUGUUAUAGCUGCCCCAAUGAGCAGCGCUACAUUGUCCGGAUCCUCUUCAUUGUGCCCAUUUACGCCUUCGACUCAUGGCUCAGCCUCCUUUUCUUCACCAAUGACCAGUACUAUGUUUACUUUGGCACUGUGCGGGACUGCUACGAAGCCUUUGUAAUCUACAACUUCCUCAGCCUCUGCUAUGAGUAUCUUGGGGGGGAGAGCUCCAUCAUGUCCGAGAUCAGAGGGAAAUCUAUCGAGUCCAGUUGCAUGUAUGGGACUUGCUGCCUGUGGGGGAAGACGUAUUCCAUCGGAUUCCUGAGGUUCUGCAAACAGGCCACCCUGCAGUUCUGUGUGGUGAAGCCCCUUAUGGCGAUCAGCACAGUCAUCCUCCAGGCCUUUGGCAAGUACCGGGACGGUGACUUCGAUGUCACCCGCGGCUACCUCUAUGUGACGAUCAUCUACAAUAUUUCAGUCAGCCUGGCGCUCUACGCCCUCUUCCUCUUCUACUUUGCCACACGCGAGCUGCUCAGCCCCUACAGCCCUGUUCUCAAGUUCUUCAUGGUCAAGUCCGUCAUCUUCCUGUCCUUCUGGCAAGGGAUGCUGCUGGCUAUUCUUGAGAAGUGUGGUGCCAUUCCCAAGAUCCAUUCGGCCAACGUGUCUGUGGGCGAAGGUACUGUGGCCGCCGGCUACCAGGACUUCAUCAUCUGCGUGGAGAUGUUCUUCGCAGCCCUUGCCCUGCGCCAUGCCUUCACCUAUAAGGUCUAUGCAGACAAGCGACUUGACGCACAAGGUCGCUGUGCCCCCAUGAAGAGCAUCUCCAGCAGCCUCAAGGAGACCAUGAACCCUCAUGACAUCGUCCAAGACGCUAUCCACAACUUCUCCCCCGCCUACCAGCAGUACACCCAGCAGUCAACGCUGGAGCAUGGCCCACCCUGGCGCAAUGGCAGCCAUAUCAUUUCGCGCUCCCACAGCUGCUCGGGUGCCCGGGACAAUGAGAAGACCCUUCUGCUGAGCUCCGACGAUGAGUUCUAAGAGAGGCCCCCUCCCCAGAGUUCCUCCGAGGCCAAUGGCUGUAACAACCCCAGCACAGCCUGGAACCUUCCUUUUAUUUAUUGAACCAGAAUCAGAAGUCAUGUCACUUCCUGAACGGUGCUCAGUGCAGAAUUGGGCACUUCCCAGUAGCUUUGUGGGUGUGAGUGUCAUGACUCGGGGAGGGCGGGGGUUGGCUGGGAUUUCAUUCUCUCAAACCAUUUUCUAAAGCAAAGAUCAACUGGACCAGGUUUUUUCCCCUUCACAAAUAACCAUUUAUAAAGCAUCAAACACAUGUGGUGAAGGGGAAGCAGAGCCCUAGGAAAGAGUGGACCCUGUUUUGUUUUCUUUUUUGUGGAGUGUGGGGAGGGUUGUGAGGUCAUAUCCUCCCACCACCAAGCAAGCUUUGUGGAACAUGAUUGGCUGGAAUAAGUGGCCAAAAAGCUUGCUUUCUAGCUGAACAACUAAAUUACUUUGUGCUCCGUUUUCCGUAGUAGUUGAUGAGGACACAACCUGCCCCACUUGUUCCCCUCUCUACUAGCUCCUCAAUAUUAAUUUCUCUGUACCCUUUGGGCAGUGUGAUAGAGACACACUUGUAUGAGUUCCUGAUGACCUUAUCAGACCAUCAGUCCUAUCUGCUUCUGUGUUCUCUGUGGCCACAGUUGGAGGCCUCAGAAGGGAACCCCUCCCAUCCCCCAGUUCACCUGAUUAUGCAAUAUUGUACUUUAGAGGUGUGGGUGGAGAGAGAGAUUUCCUCCUGACCCCCACUGGUGAUCGAGUAAAGUCCUGCAGGGUGGGCUGAUUUGAACCAUUUUUUCCCUUUGUGGGUGAGGGGUUUUAUGAUUGCGUGGAGGUCAGCUUCCCGUCUCUCUCCUGCAUUAUAGGAGCAGGAUUCCUCCUUGGAGUGUCUGGCUGUCCCUACUAGUGAAUCUUAGCACCAGCCAUAAUCAGUAACUGAAGUUAAAUACUUGUGGUUAGAAGUUAAUAUAUAUUCAUUUGCAGAAUUCUGGACCUUCAUUUCCUCCUCUUGGAUUUCUGUGCAGUGGGGACAUUUUAACUCUGAACAGUCUCUCUCUUAGAUACCCCAUCUCUCCCUUCCAGAGCUGUAUCUUCCAGUUAAAUUUCAGAACAUGCACCUUCCCCACUCUUCUUACAGAUAGUCUUCUGCCAAUCUUAUCCAUUGAUUUGCCUUGUGAAUUGAAGGCAUGUUGCUGCUAGGAUGGGAUGUUAAAUACUCCCUCCUCAUCUUCCUCUUUGUUGUUCAGGGCUUAACUGGGCCGGUUGGAGUUGUUUACACAUUGCGGCCAGUCUGUCAUGCAUCUGGGUUUUCCCAUGAUCCCCCCCACCCCACCCCAGGGUGGAGCUGCCACUGCACAUGCUAUAAUCCCUGUCAUAACUGAUGCAGUAAAGGCUUGAGCCAAAGGCCACUGAAGUCAAUGAUCAGAGGGGUAGCCGUGUUAGUCUGGAUCUGUAAAAAGCAACAAAGUGUCCUGUGGCACCUUACAGACUAACAGACGUAU